CAAAUUUUUAAUGAAUUUGCAAAAAAACCGAAGUUAAAUUUACCUCAAUUAAUUUUUGGCAAAAUUUUUAUUUUUUCUUGCCACGCGCACGAUGGGCAAUUGUUUGCUUAAUUUAAUGAUUUGCGCUUUACUUAAAACUUAGCCAAACAACUUUAAUUAUUCCUUUAAUUAUAUGUACAUUACCUUGAAACCAAUACCGCACCUGAUUGAUCGGUUUUGUUUCUCCUUUCCGCAAUGAGUUGGCAAAUGACUUUGUGAUAAACAAUUCAAUAUAUUUUAUAUAUUGCCUACCAAAUCUCACUUGUAUAACUGGUAAAUAUUAAAAUUGUUGUUUCUGAAUAGGAUGUCAACUUACAGAUAUAUUCGUAAAUAUCUGAACACAAAUACUUCAAUACAUUUAUAUCACCAUUGCCUCGGUUUCUAUUGUUCUCAGCAGGUUGAUUUCAAGCGAAUACACCUUCCGGCCUACUGUUUGAAAGCAGGGGGCGGAAUUUGAAUAUUUCAGGGGAGAGAGGGGCUGAAAUAAUUGCCCUAACUAUGCGGUUGAUAUGAAAAUAUCAACCUCUUCAAGCGGUUGAUAUGUUCAUAUCAACCUCUUCAACAGGUUGAUAUGUUCAUAUGAACCUUUUCAUCCAUAUCAACCUCAUUAAUAAAUUAAUGAGGUUGAUAAAUACAUAUCGACAUCUAAAGAGGAUCUUCCCUCUCAUCUGAAUAGACGCUGGACGUCCCCUGGGCGAGAAACAAAUAUCAGCUGUAACUCUGCCCGUCACUAUCGAUCAUCCGGCGUCAGAAAACAUGCUGGCAAACCCUAGUUAAAUUCACACUCAGCGAAUUUAUACAAAAAUAUCUACUGUUUUGCUUGUGGGACGUGAAAUAAGGUGAAAUUACACACUGCGCAUGCUCAACUACAACUUAUUACAACUUCUGAAAGACAGUAUUUCUCACCUCGCUCUCACUUUCCUCUCCGCUAUAAGCGAGUUCUAUUACUGCAUUUAAAUCUAGUUGACAAUCACUGUCCGAAACCUUGUCACUAGUACACACAUUCUGCGUAAUAUACAGAUCCUGUCACUUUUAUCCUCCAUAGCCAGCGAUCAACAAACAACGUGAAUACUUCUACACCAUGUUAAAUGUAAAAUGUACUUAAACCCGUCGACUGCAUGCAUAACAUUUUUCUUCUAUUUGCAACACAAUACACUUCACCCACACCAGUCAUUUCAACUAAUUUACAUCCUCUCUCUUAUGCGAAUCGCACAAAUUCAAACCUUAUGUGAAAACUGCCUAACAUCGUUUUGUCAGCAUUCAAAAAUAGCAGUCCUAUAAAAAAACCCUAUAAUCAAACAAUGUUUCUCACUUCGCCUAGUGAUGAUAUAAGUCGGUUAUAUACCUUAGAGGUCCUUAGACCUCUGUGUUUAUAUGCAUAAACACUUCGGUCACGGUAUAUAACCUAUACCUAUAAUAUACUAAUGCAUGGAAAUAAAACUGGUGAAAAUUGGUAUAGUAAAUACAAGAAAGACGUUUAGCCUAGUUUUCACACCCUAUAGAUGCAAUUGAUCAUGUUUAGCAAUUUAAGUUUAAUAAGGAAUAUUGCUGUUUCAUUCAAAGUCUGCUUUGCGGAAACUAAACUUUUUAAAUUACUUUUUAAUUAUAUACAUGCCGUAGUACGUAUUCAAUUUAGCAACAUCUGCUUGUUGCACAUGCGCUGGAUUUGUUUCAGUAUGUACUCUUGCCAACUUGAAACAUCCACUGUACUGAUUCAUUUUAAUAAGUUCUGAAUUUACGCGAGUCUGUAGAGUGAUAUAAAUGUAGCUUUUAAAAUUUCCUACAUCUACAAUAUUAUAAUUUUAUCAUUAAUUAUUAUUGUUAAAUCCAUUCAGCAAUAGUCUUCAUUAACUGGAUACAUGUGGUACUGGGCACAUGCAAAAUUAAAAAGAAGGCAAAAAUCGAUGGUGCAAGGCCAUAAAUGUCUAUUUAUUCAUCAAAAAUUCCAUUGUAGGCUACUACAGUAUAAUUGUUUUGAAUUAUGUGCAUUCUAUAUUUUCGGUUUUAGUCAAUCUUUAUUUUGCAUUUAAUGCGUGGAAGAGACGGAAAAAGCUUACAUUAUAUUAUAUGAUCAUGACGUAAUUCUUUCUUAUAUGCAGAUCAAUAGAACAUGCAGAAAUAAUUGGGCCUCCCUUCUAUACCAGUUUAACCGGUUUAGAAGAGACAAAAAUACUUGUCAGUCUGUUAAUUAAGUCCCAUAGAGACUUAGAUAUUUUAUACAACCAGAUGAGAAUAAUGGUUGGGAACAAUUUUAAUUACACUAAAAAUCCAAGUCAGAGCAAAACAGCAAAAAAUAUUGUAAAUAUAGGUCCAUGUAAGCUUUUAAUGUUGCAUCUUAACUGGAAAUCAUCUAUUCAUAAUAUUAAAUGAAGCAGAAACAUUGACAAAGUAUCAGAAAAAUGACGUUUUAUACAAUAUCCUUGCACAUUUUGCAAUAAAAAUACACCAAAGAACUGCUCCAUUAAGACAUGUAGAACAUUGGGCAACUGAGUUGUUUGUAUAAUUUUUUAUUUGUUUGUACAGCUGCCGCAGUUAAAAUUUCGUUCGUUAAAAUAUUUGAUUAGCUGGUUUUCAACUCAAUACUAUUUUAUCAAAUUAAAGCACGAGGAAUGAUAAGUUUUUCCUAAUUUUGUAUGCGAGCGAGUUUUUCAUUUGCUGUUUACAACGCCUAAUUAUUGGUCCUAAAUUUUAUUCAAAUACAAGAAAAUUUAUUUUUGUGAUUUGAGAUAUAUUUAUAGAAAUGCAAUUGAAUGGACCCACAAUCCUGUCAAGUCUACAAUUCGAAACUCAUAAAUACGUACUCGGCCGAAUUGCAUGUUAUAUGCACACCAUUCAAUAAGGUUUAUUUACUUACGUUAUUGCUGUUUAAAUUUUGAGUUAUUAAAAUAUCUUAAACAUGUUUUGGAGCUUUUGGAAAGCAAUAAGUUUUUAUUAUCUGGUUUGAGGUAAAUAUUGAUAUUGUUUGCAGCUGUGCUAUUCUUUCAUUUGUAAUGUGUUUUUUUUUUAAUUUGAAAUAUGGACGAACGUAAUGGUAUAAAUUCGACCAUCCACUGCGUGCUUAAACACUGUUCAAGACGUGCUACAUCUGACACAUCUUAAAACUUUGGUAAAUUGUUGGAACAAAUCUGUGGUCUAAACUUUUUGUAAGUAUUCCGUAACUUAAUCCACUACUUCAUGUUGAUUAUAUAUAUGUAGUAAUACGGUAUAUAUGUAGCAUACUUUUCCUAUUUGUUCAUCUUAUCGUAGUUGAUCAUAUUAUCGUAGUCUUUCUCUAAAACUAACGUGCUGAUAGCACUCUUUCUUCAUAAAUAUUGUAACUGACAUUUUUCGAAUAAUAAAAUAAAUAAUCUAGGCACCUUAAUUUUAAAUAAAAGCCUUAUCCUUUCUGGUGGGUUCCUAACCCUGUUUCGUAUAUAUAUACAUAUUUCGAUUAUUUUCUAUUGCGUUUGGGCGAAAUUAUUGGAUAAAAAAAGAAAAUGACGAAAGUAAAAAUGUUCGACGUAUAGUACAAAUAGACUAAACAUAAAUAGACUUACAAAACUAAAAAAAGACUGACAAACUGACUUAUACACUGUUCCAAGUGUGCACGCAUGGAAUCAAUCUACAUGCAAUGGAACAAAGGACAGAUAAAGCAGCCAACACAAAUUAGUUUAUAUCAUUCUUCCUUCUGGAAGGAUAACAGAUGUAUACUUUGUUCUUUAGGUCCAGCAAACAUUAAAGGGACAUAUUGUAAGAAAAAAAACAGAUACAUUUCGUAGAAGAUGUUUAUAUAAAUUAUGCAUGUUAAUUAAUAAGAUGAAGUUCCUCCCGUGGGAGUGGAGGCCUGACGUUAAUCUAGCCAAAUGAACCGCACCUUUUCCAAAAUGUCUUUAUCAUAAGUCUCAUAAGGGCAUUUUUGUUGCAGACGUUACGUUUGAGACAAAAAUAAAAAGGGUACUUUUCAAUAUAACUUGAAUGCAAAAACAUUUUGAUAACAAUUUAUAUAAGAUAUUUGUAGUUACUGUACAUAGUAGAAAAAAACUGACACUCAAGGUAUCUGAUAUGCAAACUCGAGUCGAAGGCGAGAGUUUGUAUAUCGGAUAAAGAUCGGAUGCGAAUUAACGAAGAUCGGAUGCAAAUUAACGUGCUUAAAAAAACGACCCAUCUUUUGAGUUCACUGGCGAAGUAAUUUUAAAAAUAAACAUUGUAUAAGCCGAGAAAAUCAAAGCUGAAGUUUAAUAUGUAAAUCAGGACAAGUCUUUAUCCGAUUACAAACAUUGAUUAAACAUUCAUUUCUUUUGAAUUUUCUUCAUGAAUUAUUAAUGAGUUUUUUAAGGGCGAUUCACGAAUAUUCAAAAAAAUAACUUUUACAUUUUGAAGGGCCUCUCUUUUCUGCUUUUUAAUGUACGGUAAUUUUGGUUCCACGCUUCCAGGGUUUUGUAAUAGGAGUCGUAAAGAUUAUGCUGCUAGGUAGGCUACUUCUCAAUUCUGCUUCGCUUUUUAUAAUCAUGUAAUGAGGGCUUUUUUCGAAUAACGUAAUCGUAGUUACGCUUAUAACAGCGAUUUUUGUCAUAUACUGUAUACAAAUUUAUUGCUAUUGUAACAUCUCUAGCUAGUUUGCAACCAGCGUCGUGAUUGUUGAAGCUUCAGCAUUACGUUCCAAAAUGUCUUUAUCAUAAGUCUCAUAAGGGCAUUUUUUGUUGCAGACGUUACGUUUGAGACAAAAAUAAAAAGGGUACUUUUCAAUAUAACUUGAAUGCAAAAAACUCUUUUGAUAACAAUUUAUAUAAGAUAUUUGUAGUUACUGUACAUAGUAGAAAAAAACUGACACUCAAGGUAUCUGAUGUGCAAUCUCGAGUCGAAGGCGAGAGUUUGUAUAUCGGAUAAAGAUCGGAUGCGAAUUAACGAAGAUCGGAUGCAAAUUAACGUGCUUAAAAAAACGACCCAUCUUUUGAGUUCACUGGCGAAGUAAUUUUAAAAAUAAACAUUGUAUAAGCCGAGAAAAUCAAAGCUGAAGUUUAAUAUGUAAAUCAGGACAAGUCUUUAUCCGAUUACAAACAUUGAUUAAACAUUCAUUUCUUUUGAAUUUUCUUCAUGAAUUAUUAAUGAGUUUUUUAAGGGCGAUUCACGAAUAUUCAAAAAAAUAACUUUUACAUUUUGGAGGGCCUCUCUUUUCUGCUUUUUAAUGUACGGUGAUUUUGGUUCCACGCUUCCAGGGUUCUGUAAUAGGAGUCGUAAAGAUUAUGCCGCUAGGUACUUCUCAAUUCUGCUUCGCUUUUUAGAAUCAUGUAACGAGGGCUUUUUUCGAAUAACGUAAUCGUAGUUGCGCUUAUAACAGCGAUUUUUGUCAUAUACUGUAUACAAAUUUAUUGCUAUUGUAACAUCUCUAGCUAGUUUGCAACCAGCGUUGUGAUUGUUGAAGCUUCAGCAUUACGUUCUUUUUGUCUUUUUUAGGUAUUGCAAUGAAGCUCCUCCUAUUUGCUACUACUCUAGUAAUGGCUGCGUAUGUUGCAGCUAAACCGGGAAAUCAAGGUCCUGCCUUAUCCGAUGAAGGUCUUGUUAAAAGAGAGGAAUGGUCAACGAUAUCAAAGACAGUCAAUGGACAGGAGUUGUUAUUUGGCUGUGACAGAAGACACACAUUAUUAGAUGACGGAAAAUGCUGGUCUUAUUGUGGCUCUUCCUGGGUGGGUAUUAAAAUUACAAAAACUUGGUUAACGGUCAGCGGUCAAAAAUCAGUAAUACUUCAUUUUACAAUACUAUUUGGUGUAUAUCAAAUGUCAAAAUUAAAAUUUCUUGUUUUCCGUUUAAACCUAUCGGGUAAUUAACGUAAUUUUCACUGCAUUGCUCUGGUAAGGGGCAGCAUUACCUUUAUUGAUCGGGCAAUGAUAAAACCAGAAAUGACGCGCGGGCUCUUCCGGGAAGCCGAUAAGUGUAAAGUUCUUUCAAAAUUAAGACUAAACAAACAUUUCAACAUGAGCGGCAGGUGAGUUAUUCUGCAGAUUUUGACACCUGGUAUAUAACAGAACACGAAUUUGAUGAGACAUCAGGAAAACAGCGCGUUUUGUGGUCCCUCGAUCGCCAUUGUUACCUUCGUCUUUGCGGCUAAAUGGUGCAUAAAUAAUUAACAACAAAGGACGAAUAUAUAAUGUUUAUUCAUAAUAACAGGAAUUAUUGAAACGGACUUUAGUUAGUUGAAUGAUGGCACGGUGGAAAACACGGGUACCUGAUUGACGUAUACUGGAUAAACGGAUAGAUUGGUAAAUUGGUAAACGGAUCGUCGGAUAAACGGAUAAACGAAUAAACGGAUAGACGGUUUACACAGAUAAUAUCUUUGUCAUAUUAUUUAUACUAAUGGUGCAUGAAUUGAAGUUGUGGUCAUUAGCAAAGGCUAUAAAGUCGAGAUAUAGCGAUCAAAAUUUGAGCGCCAAUGAAGAUUUCACUAAAAUACGGCAUACAGUAUAGGAAUACAAUAAGAUAACCAUAAUACACUGUGUCCAUAAAAUGUCCAUAAAUUAUAACACCUACUAAUUAAUAUAUACCAAUUUACGAUGCCUAACCAAGUGCAUAAAAUAUGAUAAAGGUUGAUUUCUAAAUUUUUGUCCGAUUUCGAUUAGAAAGAGAACCACUACACGCUGGUAAUAUUCAACAAAUUUUCUGCCAGUACUGCAGGCUCGCAUUCUGAGCGGACGUGUGGUGAAAAAUUAAAAUUUUGCAUUUUGCACAGAACUGUCCACUUUCUGUACGAUGUCCGCUGACAAUACGAGCCCGCACGAGUGGGAGAAAUUUUUGCUAAAUUUGACCAACGUGCUAAUUACAAGAAACUACGCCCAAUUAUUUUGUCUUAUCAAAAGUUCGCUGUCUAAAUCGGGUUUAAAGGCCGAGACACACCGGACGCGAUAUUCAACAACGCGGCGCGAUUUUUCCAUUUUCACUGACCGAUAACUUUGAUCCUGGUUUAAGUUUUUCUAAUAGUUUAGAAAAAUUUAUUUGGUAUACAUAUAUCUUUUAAAAUUUCCUUUUAUUUAAUUUCUUUUUAUAUUAACUUUCAAAAACUGAAAAAUCGCGUUGUCGAAUCGCGUCCGGUGCGGUGUCUCGACCUUUAGGUUAUAGCGCGCAUCAUAAAUCGUACAAAUUCAGCAGCAGAAACUAUACAAUCUCGGCAAAAAUUAUUGUGGGCAGGGAGUGCACGUUUUGUAACUAAGAGAACAGUCAUUCCCUGUAUAUUGAAAAUCGAGUAUUUGACGCCCCGCCCACUUCGCCUUUUCAAUGUGGAUCGAUAAAUGAAGAAAAAAUAUUUGCUACAAUUGUUCUUGAAAUACAACAUCGAGUGGGCGCGCGAUCGAUAUAUAUGGUAAAAAGAAUAUGUAUGGCUGCUUGUCUAGGGAGAACUGUAUAUCAGUGGCGUGCUGGGUACUAUUUUUCUGGAGGGGCCAGUGGGCUGUCAACCAAUAUACGCCCCUAUAAUGUUACACUUGAUAAACGAGGGCCGAAGGCACGAGCCGAGUGCCACAGGUGCGAGGUUUGUCUAGGAGGGUCCGGGGGCAUUCCCCCAGGAAAAUUUUUGAAUUUAGAGUCUCUGAAAUGCCAUUUCCUGGACUUUGGGGGAAGAUUUGACAGAAAUCUGAUGGUCAGGAAACGGCAUUAUAACGUGUCGAAAUUUGCAAUUCGGUUAGAAUUUAGUAGUAGUACUUAAAUUAUGCAAUGCUAAUUACUUCCAGCGAUUAAUCUAAUCCCAAUUCUGUUCUCUACUGAUCUACUGUUGUGAGUACAUUUACAACUUAAAACUCUUUUAUACAAUAACACAAGCAACCCACGCAUAUGCAUUUUAAGGUUUCCUUGCCUGGCUGCCAAAAGGGCGUGUUUCAGCAUUAUUUCAUUGCUUACAUUACUCAUGCUUCUUGUGCAAACAACUAAAUUGCGUACACAACUAAAUAUCAGUUAUCAUAACUUCAACUAUCUAAUUUGCGCCGCUCUCGUGAUUCGUGAAGCAUAAUAAAGGGCAUAAUAUAAGGGCAUAAUACCAGCAAAAAAGGGCAUAAUUUCUGUGAUCGCUUCGAUCGAAACCUGACCAAUAUUCCGGUAAUGAGACAUUGCCUGUGAUCACUGAUCAUGUUUCUAUAUGAACGAUUUCGUGUGAGCUGUGAGGUAGCAAAUACGGUUAUGCAAAAUAGUCUGUAAUUUAAUAUAUGUCGCCUAUAUGCGCUUAGUCUGUUUCAUACUGUAGCCUAUAAACAUGUCUUUUCUUGGCGGAAGUAACCAUAUUUUUUCGAGAAUGCGUUUUUUUCCACCCACUUUCAAAAUUCGGCGCCCCAUUUUUAUUUUUGCGCCCCCCCAAGAAUUGCCAGCUGGGGGGCGUGACCCCCCGCCCCCCGCCCCCCCGUGCCAGCACACCACUACUGUAUAUCGAUUCUAGUUGUCUAUUAGGUUGUAGCACAUGUAAAAAUGCUAAAAUAGGAAUAGCUAAAAUAUGUAUUGAAGAAAACAUUGUAUAUUAAGAUGAAUAUCACAUAUUACUAUAGCUCACUUUUCAACGCGGGGUUUAGGCAGGCGUUUCGCAAGUACGUUUCUAAAUUUGGAUUAUUGGCUGUGGAGCUUCAGUACAUCAGUAAUCAGCAAACUACUUCCAAAAUUGGCUUACCAGUUCUCCAAUUUGUAUUUCCUGACAAUUUAGUAUCCGCCUAUCCGUCUAUGCAAUAACCGGUACCCAAGUUUUCUACCAAACAUCUCGUGACACCGGAUGUGUACCAGCAAUAAAUAGUUUGCAUGAUUUGUUUUACUCGAAAUUAUUUAAAUCUUUGAAUUAAUUAAUUAACCAUAAUAUAAUAUAUUUCUUCUCAUGCUUAACGCAAGUAAAAUUUGAGUGUACCUCAAGGUGGCGUAUAUACGUCGUCUAUUCUGUUUUCAAAUUUGGGAUAGCUCCGACAUAAUUGUUCAAAAAGGAAAUCGAAUUUUAGGUUCAGUGACCGGUAAAAAAAUUUCAGGCUAAUAAUUAUAGGUCUUAUAUUACCUUAAUCUUUGAUUUCUCUCCACAAUUUUAAAUACUUUUUCGAGAAAAAUUAAAAGUUGAAGCAAGAAAUGUCUCGUAUAACUGAAAUACUUAUUUAACUAGAUGUCAGACACAGUGAAAACAUUUUUUAACCUUUAAAUUGUAUUUUUAUCCAGACGAGCGGAGAGUGGUGCUACACCAAGAGAGCAGAUGGUAUGACGAAGGGUUGCUGGAAUAAUAGAAAAUGUUAUCACUUCGUUGAUGAAUGUCUUACUGCUUGCACCCUUUGAGAUCUUCUCCAUGAGCUUCAAGAAUUAAUGAUUAAAAACCGGACCAGUUAAAUGACUGGGCUUUGUUAAACUCAGAAUUAUCAAAAUAAAAGGAGAAUUGCAUUGAAAUGAC